AUGGCUGCACUGCGCAGGCUUAUCCUUUCAUUCAGCUCCAAAACAGGGACGUUCACCGCGCAGAAACAGCAAACAUCCUCAAAGGCGACAAAAGUGCCGAAACUUAUCGCAGCGGGAGCGUGCGUCACAGCCGGCGCUGCCGCUUAUUAUUAUUACUACUGCUGCUCGCACGUCGGUAGGCGGCCCGGACUGAAGAGCCACGUCGAGGAUCGGCUCGUGCAUCUGGCGCUGCCAUCAGUUUCCGCCACCCAUAAGACACGGCCCUACAGCUUGGAAGAUGGAGAUGCCUACAUGUCCUCCUAUGAGAACAGAUUUCGCCUGUUCAGUUCAGUGGAGUACGAGGGCCAGCUCUACAUGACUCCACUAAACUUCAUCGAGUCGGUCACGCUGAACGAACCAAAGAGCAGGAGAGUAUGCAAGACCCUCACGAAAAAGGAAUUAGACAAGAUGCUGGCUGAUACCCCACCUGUUUGGAAAGGAUCAUCUAAUUUGUUUAGAAAUCUGCGUGAACGAGGUGUCAUCAGUUAUACCGAGUACCUCUUCCUGCUCUGCAUUUUAACAAAGCCCCACGCAGGCUUCAGGAUUGCUUUCAACAUGUUUGAUGCAGAUGGAAAUGAAAUGGUGGACAAAAGGGAGUUCUUGGUGCUGGAAGAAAUUUUCCGUAAGAAGAAGGACAGAAAAGACAUUACUGAAGAUAUGCAAAGACUGGACCAACAAAGCCUUCAACUUUACGGACAUCACAAAUCCCAGGCGUGCAGCGUUCUAAAAAAAGAUGGUCAGCAUGUGGCUGCCCGAGGCAUGUGGGAUGUUCUCAGACGUGGCACAAGUCAAGUUCUGUUUUCUGAUCUCACCGAGAAUGUGGACGAAAAAACAGAGACAACGCUGUUGGUGCAUUUCUUUGGGAAAAAAGGCAAAGCUGAGUUGAAAUUUGAAGAUUUUUACAGGUUCAUGGACAACCUGCAGACAGAGGUGCUUGAGAUAGAGUUCCUCUCCUACUCCAAAGGCAUGCCCACCAUCAGUGAGGAAGACUUUGCUCAGAUCCUCCUUCGUUACACCAACGUUGAGGAUGUUAGCGGCUAUUUGGAGAACAUGCGUCAUAGCAUGCCAGAUGAAAAGGGAAUCACCUUUGAGGAGUUUCGGUCCUUCUUCCAAUUCCUUAACAACCUGGAGGAUUUUACCAUCGCCAUGCAAAUGUACAACUUUGCCAACCGUUCAGUUGGGCAAGAGGAAUUUACCCGGGCGGUUUUUGUGGCCACUGGCAUCAAGCUGACCCCCCACUUGGUCACCACUGUCUUCAGGAUCUUCGACGAGGACCACGACAAUAAACUCAGCCACAAGGAGUUCAUUGGCGUCAUGAAGGACCGGCUGCACCGCGGUGCCGGGGGCGUCCGAGUGGAGGAAAAGUUUGUCUCCUUCAAGUCCUGCAUGAAGAAGGAGCUUUCAGGCAAAUAGGUGUAAGGUCCCAGCACCAGUGCAUGUGCCUCCUCUCCUCUCCUCUCUGCCACGACAGAAAAGUUAAUGCAUGCUGCAGCACAUUAUUGCGCUAUCUUUGAGGUUUUGAAAUAAACAGGAUGUGGCACAAAGAGGAUGUGGUCAGCCUGAUGGAAGCGGCGUUGCAAGUGGUCAAACGAACACCAGUGACCUGCUACUUAACCCAGUGUUACAGGACUCUGCGAGCGUAUCUAUAUGCUUUUGCCUGUUUAAGAUACUGAACUAUUUAUUGUUGUUAACUCUUAUUUAUUUAUUUAAAAAAAAAAAGAAAAAAGAAAAAUCAUGGUUGUCUUAUUACUGCUCUGCCAGCAUGUUUUGCCCACUCCUUCUAUCCUGAGUCUGAUUCUGUUCAGUGGAAGCAUUGCCUGCAUGCUUGCUCCUUUUGUGGUCUCAGCAGCCCCCCUGCACAGAUCAGCCUCCCCUCCCCCUCCUACUCGCCCCCAAAACUCUGCAGCUAAAACCCUCCCGGAUCCUCCAGAGGCAGCAGGCCUGAACACACUUGGUCUGUAGCUUUUUCUCGGUUUGACUACAGGCAGCUAACAGUGUUAAUCAUUUCUUGGCUGGUACAGAGAAGUGCUUUUGCACCACUUGCAGGGAUGACCUCUUUAUAAAUAUAUGCAAAAUGUUAAAGCCAUACCUUUGCUUCAGUCCCGGGACACUGAGCUUUAAUAUCAGGAAUAAUACCUUAAUUUUCUGAAGCUUCCACUUAUUGUACGAAGCUCUUAUGCAAUAUUAUGUUUGCUUUGGGUGGAGUCGUGUGCUGAAAAAAAAAAACACCUUGAAGAUAUUGUCAUGUUACACUCUUUAAUGUAUUAACCAGACUAAUGUAUUUGUAUGUCACAUUUCAGACGAGUUCCUAUUUAAAUGCUGGGUUAGUUAGACUACCUCAUUCCUUGAGAUCAGGCUUCGACUGUUACACUGACAUUCGCUCUCAUGUGAUCACUGUUUCCACGCCUGUAUGUGAAUAAACCACGCCUGACUCACCGUCCUCUCAGCAAGCCGCUGUUGCAUUCUCCGUUCUGUGAUUACAGAGGAGUGGUGGCAGCACCACACUGGAUAAAAUUGGCUGUUUAAAUCUCAACCUGAAGGCAAAUCAUUAACAGUAUUAAUCAUAAGAAACUUGGGGCUGUGUGGGUGUUCAAAACUCUAAUCAGGGACUUUUUUUUUUUUUUUUAGCUUUAAAUGAUUAAUUCAGCUGGGUAAUAAUUUACAGGCUGGCGCUCUAAUCAUCCACUUUCUACAGUAACAUGAAGGGGGACUGUCAGGGAUUUUUGUAGGUGUCAUUUCAAUAAUCAGACAUUCAUUUUUAGCUGUUCAACUAUAUUUCACAUUCUUGUCUGUUUUGAUGAGGGGCUUCACUUUUCUGUCACUUUCAUAGGAGCAAUCAGGUUCAUACAAGGAGAAAUUGUGCCACGCGAAAGGAUGCAUUUAGUGGUGCUUCAGCAACUUCAGCAAAUAAUUUCACAAAGUUGAGUGAUUUAUGAGAGAUAUUAAAGACAGAUUCUCUCUAACUGAAGCAACACAAGAUUUCUUUAUUUAAUGUUAAAGCUUUAAGGCACUGGAUCCCUAAUCACCCUUCCCUUAUUAUCUCAGAUUUUCCAAAAGGCCUGUCUGAGCCACUGGAUGCAUUUAUACAACUGUUUUCACAGGCUGAGGAGCAUUUCUCAUUCAAGUAUAUGAGACUGUAAAGCUGUAGAAUCACUGCUGAAAAUAUACCUGAUGCUUGCCUAUCAUGUCACUUUAUGGCUUCACUGAAAGCUCAGGUCAUCUGUGCUGCCUUCCAGCAGCCUCUCUACUCUCAGUGUUAUUUGCUGCCAUCAGAACAGGGCAGUAGAUAUGCAUAAGGAUCUUUUCCCUUUAUUAUUUGAUAUACUGUGGACCUUUUCCAUAGCAGCCAUUCUCAUAUAAAAUAGCCUGUAAACUCAGGUGUUACUGAUCACAUUAAUUAAGGCUUUGUACUGAAGUACAGGCCUUAAUUAAUGUAAUUAGUAAAAGUUGUAUUACUUUGAACCCUGCCUGAAACCUCAGUGAAUUUUGAUUGUGGACACACCUGCUGGCUUCAUAAACAUGCAGGAAAUGCUGAUGCUAUUAUUACAAUUAGGAUUCAUUUGAACAGUAUGGGGCACAUUAAGCAGGGGUCUGGAAGUCCUUUAUGAAGAAAUUUUGAAUAUAGUUUCUGUAUUCUGGUGCAUUUUGCAUGUGGCAAUUUGUAACUUUUUAAAAGUUAAGUGCAAAAAUUGGGCGAUCACCAGCAUAUACUGGAAUAUAAUACAUUGAAGCUCCCAGAUUCUAUAUUGUCUUAAGAUAAUUAUUUUCAUCAGUUCUCAUGCCUUGUUAUCUUUGCUGAGUCACAA